AUGCCGUCAGCCGUUCCUCAGCUGUACGAAUACACCCACGUCUCGGAGACGCAGGAGGACCUGGACUGGGCCGACCUUGCGACGAUUGACCUCGCGAAGUAUGGCACACCCGAAGGCAAUGCGGAGCUCGUCAAGACGCUCCUCGAGGCCAUCCGUACAAAGGGCUUCUUCUACGUCACCAACUUUGGCAUUCCGCAGGAAGCAGUCGACCGGCAAUUUGCCCUCGGCCAGCGUUUUUAUGAACUUCCCCUCGAAGAGAAGCUCGAGUACGAACCGGACCUGGACUCGGGUGAUUACAAUGGGUACCGACCUGCGGGUAGGCGGCUCCUAAGCGGUGGCAUCUACGAUAAGACGGAAGUCUGGAACAUGGCAACUAAAUCCGGUCACAUCACGCAGCCUGUGCCCAAGCUCCUCGAAGAGCGCCUUGACGAGAUUGACGCCUUUGCCAAGGACCUCCACGACAAGGUCCUCGACCCGCUGAACCACCUGAUUGCCCUGGCGCUCGAGCUUCCGGAAGACUUCUUCACGAAGGUGCACAGGUGGAAAACGCACGACGAAUCCCAUUUGCGGUACAUGAAGUACGCGAAAUUCUCACAGGCAGAGAUUGACCAGCUCGGCGACGGACUCUGGUCGAGGGGCCACACGGACCUGGGCACCAUCACGUUGCUGUUCCGGCAGCCGGUGGCGGCGCUGCAGAUCCGUGACCACGAGUCUGGCCAGUGGAAGUGGGCGAAGCCGCUCGACGGCAGUCUGACCGUCAACACGUGUGAUGCGCUGAGCUUCCUGACAGGCGGGUACAUCAGGUCGACAGUUCACCGGGUCUCUGUGCCGUCAAAGGACCAGCGGCACGUCGACCGUCUGGGGCUGCUAUAUUUUGCGCGGCCGCAAAACGAUCUCGUCCUCAAGACGAUCGACUCGCCUGUGCUCAAGCGUGAGGGAUUCACGCGGAACGAGUUUGAAGCAGGCGGCCACCCCGUGCCGACGAUGGGAGAAUUUACGACGCUGAAGCAAAAGUGGCAGCAGAAGAAGGGGACGAGCUACGAGACGUCAGAAGGCCAGCAGAUCUUGCCUGGUUUUGCGGGCCAGUACUUUGCCUAA